AGGGGUCGAUGCAGAAAUGGGUUUUUCUGCAGUGACUUUAUUACGGUACGUCGGUACCCUCUCAAAGCCACUAAUAUAUUGCCACGUCAUAAAUUCAGAAAAUGAGAUUCAAAGUCUGAAAUGAUAGAGGCAGGCCGCAGGGUUGGCGCAGAGAGAGAGAGAGACUGAGAGAGAGCGCCGAGUAUUUGGACAUGGAGACGACGUCGAGCAUGCGCAACAGAUACUGGGUUCUGAGGCACGGCAAGAGCAUUCCAAACGAGAGGGGUCUUAUUGUCUCCUCCAUGGAAAAUGGUACGAGUGCUGAAUUUCAGCUUGCAUCGAAUGGUGUUAAGCAAGCAGAGUUGGCUGGAAAGUCAUUUCUAAAGGCACUAAAGGAAAAUAGCAUACCACUGGAAAAUGUCCGCAUUUUUUACUCUCCAUUUUCAAGAACAACACACACUGCUAAGGUUGUUGCCUCUAUGUUGAAUCUUCCGUUUGAAGGUCCUCGAUGUAAGGCAAUGGAAGAUCUUCGAGAACGCUUCUUUGGUCCUUCAUUUGAACUGCAGUCACAUGAUAAAUAUUCAGAGGCAUGGGCUCUUGAUGAAAAAGAUCCAUUCAUGCGGCCAGAAGGUGGAGAAAGUGUUGAUGAUGUUGCUUCUAGACUUACAAAUGCUAUGGAAGCAAUGGAAUCGGAAUUGGAUGGAUGUGCAGUCUUGAUUGUCAGCCAUGGGGAUCCCCUGCAAAUCCUGCAGACAAUACUCAAUGCGGUUAAGCAAGACAUAACAUCCAGUAGUAAUGACUUGGCAUCAAGAAUAGAAGCUGUUAGAGUCCCUUCCAUCUUGUCACAGCACCGGAAAUUUGCCCUCCUCACCGGAGAGCUCCGGGCAGUUACGUAAACUUGAAAGUACAAGCCUUGAAAGGUGGAGCCAAGGCCAGGGACUUCGAAUGGAUAAUUUACACUUGAUUAUUGUAAGAGCCAAAUUCCAUGGAAAAUUUGCCUGUUAUUUGAGGCUGAUACUAAUGUUAGUGAUAUGACAUUAUCACCAGGAUUUAUAAAA